AGCCAACCAUUCUUCCAAACUAACUUGCACUCCUCCUCAACCUCUAACAAGCCAUAGCAAUGGCUUCUACAGCAGCUCCUUCCUUCUCUCUUCUCCACCAUACCCGAAAAGGCGAAAAUGCCAAUGCCCGAAGACGCAAUCGAUGUAUGCGCGUCUUCGCAACCAAUGACUCGGGAGAGCAGCCGCCGGUUGGCCAAAGGAAGGGUAACCCAGGUGUGGAUACCAGAAUUCACUGGGAGAAUCCUGAUGAAGGGUGGAUUGGGGGGAAGACAACCAAAACCGAUGGAGGAGAUAGGAAGAAGGAGGAGGAGAUUUUAGGAGAGAAGUUUGCUGAUUUGCUGAAGAAUUCAACUGAUUCUCACUACCAAUUCUUAGGAAUAUCGACCGAAGCUGACCUGGAAGAGAUCAAAGCCGCGUAUCGUCGGCUAUCGAAGGAGUACCAUCCCGACACAACGUCGCUCCCUAUGAAAGUAGCAUCUGACAAGUUCAUGCAGCUGCGAGAAGUCUACGACGUUCUCAGCAAUGAAGAGAGGCGUAGAUUCUAUGAUUGGACAUUGGCUCAGGAGGCUGCAAGCCGACAAGCCGAGCGGAUGAAGAUGAAGUUGGAAGAUCCUUAUGAGCAAGAUUUGAAGAACUGGGAAUCGGUACCGGACAUGGUCGAUCGGCUCGGUGGGAAGAACUUGGAGCUGAGUGAUCAGGCAAUGACGGCUCUCACCAUCGACGUCGGUAUUAUAAUUUUUGCAAUUUGUUGUAUCAUUUACGUCGUUGCCUUUAAAGAACCAUAUUAGAAGGAAUAAAGGUCAAUUAACAUUGUAUAAAGGUUAGUUUAUUUCCACAAAUGUGAGAAAAUGUAAAGUGAUCAAGAUCAUUAAACUACUGGGCCACUAGAAGAAUGCAAUAAAAAAAUCAUAACAAUCUGACCA